AUGGGGGACAUGUCCACCGGUGGGGACAUCGGGGACGUGGAUGGGGACACGGACAUGGAUGGGGACAUGGGGGACAUGGAUGGGGACAUUGGGGUCAUGGACAUGGAUGGGGCCAUGGGUGGACAUGGCCACAGCAUCCCCCACCCCCAUCAAGGGGAGGGGACUCCAGGAGCCACCGCCACCCCGCAGCCCCUCGGAGGGGGCGACCCGCGGUGUCCCCGCGGUGUCACCGGCGGGAGAGGCGGCAUCACCUCGGUGAGGAGGAGGAGGAGGAGGAGGAAGAGAUGGAGGUGGAAGCCCCCCCCGACCACCCCCGACCCCCCGACCCUCCUCAAGACCUACAAGUGGCUCACGACCCCCCCGGGAGGGGACCCCGAAAGGAUCGGGGGGUCCCCGGGGAGCCGGCGCUGGGCUCGGCUGCAGGGCUGGAAACGCUCCUACAGCCACCCCCACCCGGGGGGCGACACUGGGGGUGACACUGGGGGUGACACGGGGGUCCCCAAGGCCGCCGCGCGCCGCUCGCUCUUCCAGAGGGCGUUCUCGGCCCCUUCCAAGGCGCCCAAGGGUGCUGGGGACAGCAGGGGACACGAGGGGACGAGGCCACCCCCCCUGCAGCGGUACCUGCGCUCCGUGGGCAGGAGGAGGGGACACGGCGACAGCGGAGCGCGGGCGGAGCAGGAGGGGACAGUGCCACCCUCAGGGACGUCCCCGCUGCCGGUGGCGCCGCUGCCACCCGAUGCCACCGUGUGGGACGUGUCCCAGUUCUCGCUGGUGGACGGACGCCUGGUGCCACUGGGCAGGGACGAGGAGGGCCCGUGGCGGAGCAGGACCCGCGCUGGCAGUGCCACCUCCGAGGGGGUCACCAGGAGCCCCGAAAAUGAGACCCCCCCGAGCUCCCAGUUCAGCAACGUCAAGGGGCUCCUGUGGAAGAGGCUCCUCCGGGACAGGCGAAGUCGCGGUGGCACCAAAAGUGACGCGGUGGUGGCGGUGCCCGACGGUGACAGGGUCCCCAGCCGCAGCGGUUCCGGCGAGUCCCUGGUGCCACCACCCGAACUGGACCUCACUGGUGACAACGUCAUCGUCCGGCCCGUGCACGGCAGCGUGGUGGGGGACAGGUUCUGCUUCCAGGUGAUCACGGCCGACGGCAGCCGCUCCUUCGGCUGCGCCUCCCUGGACGAGCGCGACCGCUGGAUCGAGGAGCUGCGCCGGACGGCCCGGCCCAACAAGGACAACUGCGAGCGCCUGGAGCUGUCCCUGUCCCUCUGGGUCUACGAGGGACGCCACCUCCCGCCGCGCCGCCGCCUUCGCUGCCACCUCCAGCUGGACGGCGCCGUCUUCGCCCGCACCUCUGCCAAACCGUCCGGCGCCGACGGCCAACUCUUCUGGGGAGAGCUCUUCCAGCUGCCCACCCUGCCCCCGGCGCGCGCCCUCACCGUCGCCCUGUGCCGCGACGACCACCCCGGCCAGCCGGUGGCCGCCGUCAAUCCGCUGGCCGAGCUGGCGGCGGCGCGGCAGCCCCUGGAGCGUUGGUACACGCUCAGCGGCGCCGGUGUCGGUGCCGGUGACCAGGCGCCGGCGGUGCGGCUGCGCGGGCGCUACCGCGAGGUGAGGGUGCUGCCCAUCGUGCGCUACAAGGAGCUGGCCGAGUUCAUCACCUUCCACUACCGGGAGCUGUGGCGCCUGGAGCCGGCCAUCGCCGCGCGGCACAAGGAGGAGCUGGCCGGGGCUUUGGUGCGGGUGCUGCAAAGCACCGGCAAGGCCAAGUCCUUCCUGACCGACCUGGGCGUGGCCGAGCUCGACCGCUUUGACGACCACGAGGCGCUGAUCUUCCGUGAGAACACCUUGGCCACCAAGGCCAUCGACGAGUACAUGAAGCUGGUGGGGGCCAGAUACCUGCAGGACACGCUGGGUACGGUGGUGGCCCGGCUCUGCAGCUCCCAGCAGAGCUCCGAGGUGGACCCCAGCAGGUGCUCGGGGCUGGAGCUGGCGGAGCACCGGCAGCACCUGCGCCAGGUGUGCCAGGAGACGCUGCGGCGCAUCGCCGACGGCUGCGAGUCCUUCCCGGCCGAGCUGGGCGAGGUGUUCGCGGCGUGGCGCGAGGAGUGCGCGGCGCGGGGCAAGGCGGCCGUGGGGCAGCGUUUGGUGUCGGCGUCGCUCUUCCUGCGGUUCCUGUGCCCGGCCAUCAUGUCCCCGAGCCUCUUCGGCCUCGUCCCCGAGUACCCCGGCGAGGCCACCGCCCGCACCCUCACACUGGUGGCCAAGGUCAUCCAGAACUUGGCCAACUUCACCACGUUUGGUGACAAGGAGCCCUACAUGACCUUCAUGAACGACUUCCUGGAGGCCAACUGGGCCACCAUGGCCGAGCUGCUGGCGGCCGUGGCGGCGCCCGAGGCCGGCGCCGGCGCCGACGGCCACCGCGGUGACACCGACCUGGCGCUGGAGCUGGCCACGCUGCACCUGCUGCUCUGUGACAUCUUCGCCGGCCUCGACCAGGCCACGCAGGAGGAGCUGGAGCCGCUGCCCACCAUCCUCAGGGCCAUCAGGGAGGGGACACCUGUGCCCGUGUCCGUGCGCCUGAGCUCCACCUGCGCCAGGAGGAGGAACCCUCAGUUCCCUUGA